CUGACUUCUUCGUCGGAUAGCAGUGCCAAAUGGCCAUGUCACAGCCAAUCAGACAUUUUGGACAUCCCGAAACCCUGUGCGUCAAGGCGUGGUGCUGGUGGUCUGGAUGACUGGCCCAGACGAGCUGAGAUCUGGAGGAAGCAGUGAGAGCGACAGGGAUGAAAGGGCAGGGAUCAGACGUUGCCGUGUGCUGUUGUGCUGUGGUUGCUGUCGCUCUCAGCAGCUGUGGGGGAAAACAAAAGCCUCGGGCCAUGGGAAGAACAACCAAUCAGCGGCGUCCCCUGUGGUCUGCAUUCAGGUCCCCACACGCCUGUCUUGAAGGGCGGGCCCCUGUCGCGCCGCCCGUCGAUGGGGGGAGAGCUCGUCUGCUCCCCCCCAGCGCCCCAAUCCGAUCCAAAAAACCAGCCUCCCCGUUUCCUGAGCUGGUGCAAGCCGAGAUUUCGCGACGACGGCCAUCUCUCCUCGAUCCUCUUCACCGUACCCUUCCUGCAUCACACUGACAGACCGCCGACACCGAACUGUGCGCCGCCGCCGCGACACCGAACGAGUUAUACAUAUAGCUAGAUGCCGAUUUGACCGCGCCGACCAUGUCGUCCAUCAAGAUUGAGCGGGACACCGUUCAGCACACCAUCACCGAUGCCGCCAAGAGCGUGAGCAAGAAGGAUGUUGGCUUCGUGGGCAGCACCGCCGCCGCCAUCGCCGAGGCUGCCCACGGCGACCUUCCCGGCACCACUGGAAAGCAUCCCAUCUCGGCCGUCGUCGGUACUGCCCUCACCGGCGGCAGAAAGAAUGCCGGGACAAAGGGUUACCUCGCUGCCUACCUCCGCCAACUAGAGACCAACCCUCUGCGGACCAAGAUGCUCACGGCCGGCACGCUCGCUGGCGCUCAGGAGUUGAUCGCAUCAUGGCUGGCCAAGGACCGCAACAAGCAUGGCAACUACUUCACAUCCCGCGUGCCCAAGAUGGCCACCUAUGGCGCACUUGUCAGCGCUCCCCUCGGCCACUUUUUGAUCUGGCUCUUGCAGAAGACCUUCAGCGGCCGUACCAGCCUGCGUGCCAAGAUCUUGCAGAUUCUCGUCAGCAAUUUGAUUAUUGCCCCCAUCCAAAACACCGUCUACCUCGUCGCCAUGGCCUUGAUCGCAGGUGCCAAGAACUUCCACCAAGUAAAGGCCACGGUCAAGGUUGGCUUCUGGAAGGUGAUGAAGGUGAGCUGGAUCACCUCGCCUCUCUGCCUGGCCUUUGCCCAGAAGUUCCUGCCCGAGCACACAUGGUUGCCCUUCUUCAACCUUGUGUCCUUCAUCAUCGGCACCUACAUCAACACCAUCACCAAGAAGAAGCGCCUGGCGGCCCUCCGCAAGAAGCACUUUGGUGAGGGCCGCGCUCCCGGCCCCAGCGGUGCCCCCUCGACUCUGGGCCGCCCUGAGGAUUACCCCCCUCUCGGCCCCAACCCCCCUUACUAAAAUUUGGGGGUUCCAUAAUAAAGCUAUCGAGGGAACCGUGAUGUGCCUGCCAAAGAGGAAAACGUGUGACCGCUUCUCUCGUGUAUCUCUGGAAUAUGUCUGAAUAAAAGGGGGAAGGGACACAUGUCUAAUGUCAGUGGGGCGGAAGGAUUGGAAAGGGCAAUGAUGGUUGGCUGGAUGGAUAUUUUUUAGUUACGAUGAUACAUGUGUAUGCGUGUGUGAUGUGUCCGAGCGCGAGCGAGAUUCUGUAUUUUCGGUUGGCGAGAAGCAGGAAUCCUUGCUUUCAGAAGGGAGUUAUUUAUUCUUCGAGUUUGUCUUGAAAGGAAAGAUGGAGGGAUGGUUGGAUACCUGAUUUGCACAAUUUUGGUUGGUUUUUAUUUUAUUUAUUUUUCUCUCGAUUUGUUCAUGAAUCAUCUAUUUCCCCUGGACUUUGGGACCUGAGCUCGAGGUUUUGGUCUUGGGGGGCAAGAAAGAUGAAAAUUAGAUGGAUAUAUGUUUACUGUCUUGGUUUAGACUACCGCGUGUAU